AAAUAUACGCUAGGCGGAGAUAACAUCAUUUCGCCCUCGUCCGGCGAAGAAAGCGGAGCGGACAAGGAAUGCGGAGAUAAAAUGCUCGAGAAAUAUGCUUCGAGACUGUUCGAAUCCGCGACUGCCAAACCGUGUCUGCAGCAGCAAAGGAAGGGACGCGAUGUCGGAGUCGAGAGUCGGACGGGACAUCAACGGCAGGUGUUUCGUAUCGCCGCAGGAUCGGAACGCGGGCCUGGGUUUCACGUCCGUCGCACGCGGCCCUUUGUUUUCGGCACGAUGGGGGAACAGAUAUCGAGGAAGGAACGCGGUCGUCAACGCGCCCUCGAGGAACGUUUCCGCCGACCAACGCGCCAAGCUCGGAGCAGACAGGAAAAGGUCCGCGUCCGUAGGCACGUCGUCGCGAGAGAUACAGUCUUCGAGAGACGAAAACUCGGUGAAAUGCAGCUCGAUGAGAUCGCAAGGCCCGCGCGAGCAGUUUCUCUCUUCGCGGAAGAAAAGCAACACUAAGAGAGAAAUGCUUGUGAAGAAGUAUGCGAAGACAUCAAAAUAUAAGGGCCGUUUGUUCACCGACGAGACGAGCGACGUCGCCAGCGCGAGCAACGAUGAUCCAAUUUACAAUUUACGGAAGGAGAUACGCGAUUGGAGAACGUCGGGACAAUUAAACGAAUUUCAACGCGAAUACCUCAUUAUCGAAGAUGGAACAAAGAAGAACGUGCUUCGAGUAGAUCACGGGCAAGGUAUCAGCAAGGACCCAGCAGAUCCAGAUGUUCUAUCCGAAUCACCGAGCUCCAUCGUCACGGAUCGAUUAACGCGGCGCACGGAGAAUUUGAGUUCUCUGGAGUCGUGCAACGGACGGAUCUGCUCGGCGACGUCGCGAGGAGAAAUGACUUCCGCUCGUACGUGUUAUUGCAAACAAAAGGGAUGUGUAGAAGAUAACGAUAUUAGAGCGCGUCGAGAGAAUCGUCGCGCUGCAACCGUCGCGUCUAGGAAAUCGAUAGUUAAGAGCGUGAGCAGCGGAGGUUCUUCUAGAACAGCGAGAAGCGUUCCGAGAGUCGACGAGAGAAAGUCAGAAACGAGUCGAUCGGUCGAAGCGCGAGCUCGUGAUCCGGUCUUAAGUCCCGAGACGUCAACCGCGCUCGAGAAUGCCGAGAGGAUCAUUAACGACGCGAAGAUACAGCUCGCGAAGGUGCACGUGGUCCCCGGUCUCGAUUCUGCACGACGUGAUAGAGACACGUUUGCGGACGAUCCGCCGUUGGACGACGAGGUCGAGGAGCUGCUGUACAUCCGCGAGCUGGUCACCUCCAAGUUUCAAGAGACGAGUUAUCCCGGGAGACCUGAAGCGAGCAGCGAAGAGAACGCGUCAAGAAUCACUACACGGAGAGUCGAUUUGUCGGCUCCUAAAUUUCGAACGUCGCAGCGGCGACGUGUCGCCGUCCGCACGUCCCUUGAGUGCGGAACGGACGAGCAGCGGUCACGAGGACGUGCACCGCUUGCGGAAGCGCCGGAGAACUCGAAAGAUUCGUCGUCCAAGGACGACCAAACGACGGCGCGUGACAGCCAGCCGGCUCGCAGUCGACGGCGACCAUCGUCGGCGGCUCGAGUUGUUCAACCGGACAGCGGUGUGUGCAGAAUCCAGAUAGGACCGCCACUGCACGUCAACGGGGAACUCACGAGACAAGAUCUGGAAGACGUGCACAUAUCGCCAAGGCCGUCGCCGGCUCGCAGACGCGUGAACGCGGCCACUUAUAUACUGCAUCACGAAAGCGCCACUGAAGAAAGUAGCAUGUCCGUGGAUAACGAGGCGAACAAGUCGCUGAUGACAUCCAGAGCGCGACGUCGCGCGAGAUUGGCCACACUUUCGAGGGAGAAACGCGAAAAACCGAUCGCGACGGAAGUUGUAGUCGAAACUGCAACGACGAGCGCUUCGAGGAAGCUGGAAGAGGAUGUUCGAGUCGUUGUAGAAAACCAGGAUUCUGAUUACGAGCGUAACAACGAGCAGAAACGAGCGCCAACCACGCCGCAGCUUCAAGACGGCGCCUACAGAGAAGAGGAGAAAGAUAAAGAGGUCAAUUUGCGAGACGCGAAAAUAUCUGAACGUUCGAUGGCGAACGUAACGAAUGAAGAGGCGACUGAUACAGUCGGUAAACCAGAUAUGAACUUUGGUAAUAAUGUAGAGAAUCGUCGUACGGACGACGAAGGAAAAUUUAAUGAGAAGAGCUGUGUUGACAAUCUGAGUCGGCUACAAAACGUAGAAUACAUAGCUGAUAAGAUCCAGGCGGAAAAUAGAGGCGAUCAGUCACAGCCACCACUUGCCUCGACCGACGUCUCAAGGCGAGUGAGUUUUCCCCGUGAAAAUAUUGCUCGGCCCUGUCGAACGACGUCGAGCUCGAAACAAUAUCGGGCGAUUGAUGAGUAUCUUUCGAACAUGUUCAACAGAGAGAGUCACGACGAGGCGGAUGAGCCGUACGACGACGUCGCCGAGAAGAUACGUUCAUCUUGGGACGACUUUUCAGCGAAGGACGAGGUGAACGAGGUCGAGCUGUAUCGGCCGCGCCUCGACGAAUUGGAUUCCACCUUGCUGUCCAACGACAAGAAGAUCGAGCGUGCUGUUCGCGCUGUCCAGACCUUCGCGGCGUUGUUGACAAAGCCCGAGUUCGCAAGAUACAAAAUUGAAGAGAGAAAACGAGAAACCAGUCGCGAUAAUCUGUCGACUACCGACUUGUCGGGCGAUCACGGUCGCGGGAAUUCGUUGGACCAACCGACGACGAGCCCGUCAGUCGUGGCUACUAUCUCGAAGAAUGAAACUCCGAGUAUCUCAAGCGCGUCGGAGAUACAGAGAGUCUCCGUUGCAGAUUCGCAAGAGGCCUCCGCGGCCGCGACGAAGACGAAGUCGUUGGGCUUCAUGAAGAGAAACGUUCGUCGUCGCGACGAUCAUUCGCAGAACUCCGUGGAAUCUGCAGAGAGAGCUAUACCGGACGCGAGCGACGACUCCAAGAUGUCUCCCGACGAGGACGGCGCUCAACGGCCAAAGUCCAAAACGCGCUUGUCGGAAUUGUCGAUGGAUAAGUCGGACAUCACGACGUUCUCCAGUCUGCCGCCCGCGUUGUCCAGCACGCGCACCGACACGCAGAUACAUCGUCUUCGGCAGGAUCGAGUCGCUCAAGCGAAAUCUCAGGCGUCCGAGGAUAAUUACGCGGACUCGAAGUCACGUGUAACGAAUCGCUUCGAGGAUUCUGCGAAUAAAACAGAUCGAACGAAGGAAGGGUGCAACGACGUCUUUGCGCAGAUUCUCCGAAGUCUAAAGGAUGAGACCACAGAUCGGUUGGUUGCUUACAUGCUACAGGACGAAAGGCACAUUAUCGAGGGGAAGGUCGCGAAGGUCUUGGACGAGUCUGCGGUCGCACCUACGAUGAUGGAGAAGCUGUUCGCUCGUCUGCAGGAGACAGACUCGGUCGGCGACGUAGCGACGCGUCGCACGGAAACUUUGGAUGUCUUGAAGGAUAUCUUGAUCAACGUUAAGAGCCAAACCGACGGAGCCGUCGAUGGCGAAGCCAUGGAAAAGGAAAAGGAGACUGAGGAAAUCAAUUCUCAUAAAGUAUCACCUCGUGCAAUCGAGGAAUUGGCAUUACACGAGAAGAACGGGCAACAAACGCAAGUGAGAGUCGCUUCCGACGAGAACGGGCGGCUCAUCGAGGAUUCUCGCGACCUAGGAAGUCGCGACGAGCGUUCAGAAGCUCGAGAGUCCGCCACCCAUACUAUUCCGGGUUCUCGAAGUAACGGCGAGAGUAAAAGGGACUUGCACUCAGAGGGCGAGUCGUUGAAGAGAAUCUCCGAUAUUCUUAGCGACGAGGCGGGAAAUCCCCGAGAGAAUUCCCGACUUUCGCCCGCGAAGACUGUGUCUGUGAGAUCGCAAAAGGACCAAGAAACGGAAGCUGACGGUCCUGACGCGGCGACUAUAACGUUCCAUGAUGAAAGGAGCAAUAUGAGCGGCAAAAGGCACGAAUAUAGAUCGAGUGGGAUAAAAGACGAUAAAGAUUCUGUUCUUGGCGAUCAACAUACAAACGAAAGUAUCUCGCGAACGACUACAGAUCAAGUGAACGACGGGCUUCUGGGUGCUACGGAUGGCACACUCGUCGUUGCGAAGGAAAAAGAAGAGAAAAAAGAAGAGAAAACGGAGAUUACAGCCGAGAAAGCAGCGAAUGACAGCACUGCUUUGAAGGAUAAAGAGAUAUCAUCUCCUCCAGCCUCGGAUGUUUCGGGAAAAAGGGACAAGCGAACGCAGUCGGACGCGAGCAGGCCGAGAGUCGUCGACGAGACCUUGGCGAAGGAGGAUCUCGCGCACUCGUUAACCGAGGAGAACAUCAGGUCUUCGUGCGCACAGGCCGAGCAGGGCAUUAAUAAUACACGAGCAAAUUCCGCGGCGAACGGUAAGAUCAGCCCUGCGGAUUCAUGUUCGGCCGAUUCUUUGCGGGACUGCGCCUCGCUGCACACGUUGUCGAGUGCGCAGAGCGAUGAGUCGCCCUUAAAGGAGGUUCAGUCGUGCGAUAGAAGAAUUUCCUUAGUCGUCGUGGACGAGGCUAACUCGACUAAGGCGAGUAACGAGGACGGCAACGAACCGGUGACAAACGGGACGCCGAAAAGUCGCGGGAACGGAAACAAGGAGUCGGUGCUUCCGAAGAGCACGAGAAGCAGCGGCAAUGAGCAGCUUUGGCUGGUCGCCUCGACGUUACGGAUGAGCCUGUCCAGUUCGAGCGUCAGUAGUGCAACGUUGGAUCAUAAUGGCGGGUCCAACAAUGUCGCAUUUGGCGAUGAUACGAAGAGAGAAAUUGGAACGUCGUCCGAGAUGUCUCAUUCCGAGGGUGAGUUAUACAUGCCGAGUUCGUGUUCCUAUUCUCUCGGAGAGGUGAGGAUCUUGGAGAAAGGCGAUUUAAUCACAGAUAGCACGAUCGAACGCGACAGCAGCGUGACGAUUUUCGUUACUAAGAGCAUGUUAACACCUUUAAGUGAUACUUCGACUCUACUGGGAAGUUCCGGACGCGUUUAAUGAUUCGCAAGAUUGCGUAUUCUCAAUGUAUCUGAAUACAUGAACUUACAAUCGCGUUCUAACGUCCGCGUAUUUCAAUUCCUUAACCUUAAUUCCAAUCUAUUAAAAUUAAUUUA